AUGUCUCAAGAAACACCAGAAUCAAGCGUGAUAUAUGAAGAGCCAAUUGACAUUCCCAUCGAAGAUGAUGACGAAGAUGAUGAUGUUGACGAAGAAGAUGUCAAAGCUGAAUCUUUGACGUCUACAGACAAACAGCAAAAUCACAUACCAGCAGAAGAUAACGUUGACUAUGAUAAUGACAAUGACAAUGACAAUGACACCAAUACGAAAAAAAUGGACCCUCCGACAAUAUCGAGAAGCGUCACUGCUACUCCCAUUGACCAAUCACUCUCUACCAAACAUCCCAGAGAUUCAGAACGUGAAGACAAUGAUGAUAAUGAUAAUCAAGAAAACGAAAACGAAAACGAAGACGAACUUCCAUCUUCGAGCGGUGCCAAUACCCCAAAGGCUUCCACUCCUCCUCUUACUCCUACUCCUACCACUGCUUCAACGAAUAAAAAAUUGAAAUCAAAAGAAGAGGCAUAUAAAAAAUACCCUAAAAUGGACCCGAAAAAGGUACCACCGGGGAAGAAAGUUCCUCUACAUCUAUUAGAAAAGAGAAGAUUAGGUAGAAUUAAAGCUGCAGAAGAAUUCGCUAAAAAAUUAAAAGAAGCUGGGAUUGAAAAAGUAGAAUCUGUAACAGUACCACCCACGGGGCUUUUCCAACCAUUAAAUCUAAUUAAUCAGAAAAAUUAUUCAUCCAUAUAUCUAAAGAAUGAUGAUCAAAUAUUUUGUCUCAGAGAUGAUAAAUCUUUGAAAAAUACUUCUCCAAAUCAAACCUCAACAGCAACGCCGGAUAAUAUCGUAGAGUCUGUUGCGACGGGAAUAAACAAUAAAUCUACAGGCGAUCAAUUAAAUUUAAAUGACCCUACUAAGACAAUCAUUAUACAUACGGGUUCACAUUCUUUAAAAAUAGGAAAGGCAUUAGAUGAAAAUCCAAUAAUAGUACCAAAUUGCGUAGCUAUCCCGAAGCAAGAGUAUGAAGGCAUGACAAGAAAUAUUAAUACCAAAGAUUCUAUACCAACUCCACCAGAAAAUAAUAUUUUUGAUUCAAUAGCUCAAUCAGAUGAAUUUAAUGAUUUGAAAUUAGAAAUAGAAACUAAUUUUAAAGAAAGAAUGAAGUAUUAUAAAAGAAGAAUCCAACCAAAUAGUUGUGAACAAGUAAAAUCAUUUAACAAGAUUUCUAAACCUGAAAUAUUACCCAUUUCCAACGAUCCACAACGUAUUCAAUGGAUUAAUGAAUCAACUAAUAAGCGUUAUUAUGGUUCCAAUGCAGAACGUUGUACUGACUUACAUUUUAAAACAAGGAAACCAUUCUCUAACAAUGGUUCAUUCAAUAUCGCAUCAACAGAUUAUAUAUCCUUACAAGAUCUUUUAUCAGAUGUAACUAACCUAAUAGAACAUUCUUUGACAUCUUCACCAUUUGAUUUGAAACCAUCUCAAUUCAAAGAACACAAAGUUGUCCUUAUAAUCCCAGAUUCGUUUGGAAAAAGUCAUGUGGAAUUAUUCAUCACAUUAUUAUUGACUCAUUUAAAAUUUCAAGCGGUAGCAAUCAUACAAGAAUCAUUAGCUACAUGUUACGGUGCUGGAAAUAGUGUCCCCACUUGUGUAGUGAACCUUGGUGCCUCCCAAACUACAGUCGCAUGUGUAGAUGAAGGUACAGUACUAGAAAAUAGUAUGGUAAGUUUAAAUUAUGGUGGUAACGACAUUACAAAUAUUUUCGCUACUUUCCUUUUACAAAAUGAUUUCCCUUAUCACAAUUGGAACUUAAAUUCUAUUGAAGGUUGGAAAUUGGCUGAAGAAUUAAAGGAAAAAUAUAUCACAUUCCAAGAUAUGGACGUCACAGUUCAAUUAUUUAAUUUCAUAAAAAGAUUACCAGGGAUGGAUACUAUUGAGAAAUACGAUUUUAAAGUAUUCGAUGACGUUAUGUUGGCUCCUUUAACUUUGUUCUUCCCCAAGAUUCUAAAACUAAUGAAAGAACAACAACCACAAAAUAGAAAUAAAUUUUUACAAUCUCAAUUACCAGAUUCAAGAGAUAUUUAUACAACAAAAAUUAAUGAUUGGAGAUCAAUUACUCAAGAGGAAUGUCUUGAAUCUAAAUUGUUUUCUUAUAUUGACAAUGAAUUAGAACUAUUGAAAAGAACAUUAGAAGUACCGAUACUCCUAGAAAACUUUCAAAAUAAUUCGCCAGAUAAUAAGAAUGAUAAACUAAAUUAUACACCACUUGAUGUGGCAAUCAUUCAAAGUAUAAUGAAUGCAAGUACAAACAUCGACAUGUCCAAAAUGUCAUCAUUUUAUUCAAAUAUCUUAGUAGUAGGCGGGGGAUCAAAGAUACCAGCAUUGGAUUUCAUAUUAACUGAUAGAAUUAAUAUUUGGAGACCAAGAUUAUUAAGUCUAACUUCAUUCCCAAACUUUUACAAAGAAUUAAGUAAAGAUAUUAAAGAUUUACAAAAUCAUUACCUCAAAUUAAUCUCAACUGCAACAGCGGCAACAACCCAGACCACAGCCACAGCUACAACAAAUAAUAAUACUACGAAUUCAACUUCAAAUAGUACACCAGCAAUCACUCAAGUACCAUCAGGCACCAACAUUAGUAACAAUUUAAAUUCAACAAAGAUUGACAACACUCCCGGUGCAGAAACAAAUGAAGUUGAAGAAGCUGUUAAUAAAUUGAAGAGGGAAAUGGACGACAAAAUAAACGAACUACUCAAAGAAAAAUUAGAAGAAUAUUUAGAAACUGUAGAAAAGGCUCAAAACGGUAAUGAUCAUUAUUUACCAGUUAGUGUGGUUCCUGCACCACGUGAUAUUGAUCCGGCUUUGAUUCUUUGGAAAGGUGCAAGUGUUCUGGCUCAAUUGAAAAUUAUUGAAGAAUUGUACAUGACUAAUGCUGAUUGGGAUGUUCAUGGUAGUAGAAUACUACAGUAUAAAUCCAUCUUCCCAUAUUGA